AUGAUUCAAUCCUCAUCAUCGCCUUCGGCGGCCGGGGGAUCGUGCGCCGACAGCUCCAGGUUUCCGAACCUUAGGGGUGUUCGAUGGCGUAUGAAUCUGGGGAUUCUGCCAUCGUCUCCGGAUGCUUCGAUCGAGGACAUCAGACGGGUCGCCGCGGACUCCCGUAGGAGGUAAAAACUGGCGUUUAUGCCGUGUGCUCUUAUUGCUGGGGGCUCGUUUUCCAUGCAAGACAUGACUAUCCCUCACUUGGUAUUUUUCUUGUGCGUGGUUAUAUUGCCGACCUAUUCUGUUGCGUUCGAAGUCCAACUUUGGAUGGUGGAUCUGCACAACAGUUUUAGCAUGACUUAAUUUUCAUUUCCAUUUUUCCUGCCGUUUUUACAUUCGGUAUGAUGGGAGAGCUGCCCUGAUUUUUCGCCGAUGACAGCUGCUCUUAUUCCUUUGUAGUCAUGAUCGUUCAUUCUCAAAUCUCUUUUUUGGGUGUGAGAUUUAUGGGGCUUCAUAUCUCAAACCCUGUUGUUGCGGUUGACGCUUUGAAUCAUUUUCUUGAUUGUUUCCUUGCUCACAAGUCGUUUCAGAAGCCUUGAUAGUUUUUAUGGUUCGGUUUUCAAUGGGUAAUCUAUACUAAGUGAUUCUGUAAGCGACAAUCCAAAUUUUAGUUUGGAUUUUGCACGUAGAAGAACAAGUCAACUUUAGAAUUUAAACAUGGCAGCUCGUUUCUGCCCGUGGUUUGAAAAUUUGGAAAGUUUCAGUUUAAGAUCAAUCGAUUUAGGUCGGAAUGGGAUACUAUAACUGGUCCUAAAUAAGAUGAGCUAGAACAGAUUAGCUGAGACGCGGAGAAAUAGGGUCGUUUUAAAAGUCGAUUGGCAUUCCCGGUUAUAAAGGGUGUCAGAACUGGAUAAGUGAGUACUAAAAGAAAAUAAAAAUAAAAGAAAAGAAAAUAAAUUGAUCACCGUUUCUGUUCUUCCUUAUGAACCUCAACUUAGUUCCUUUGAAAGGAAGGAUGGGGUCGAAUUGGGCAAGUGUGGGAGGAGGCAACAAAAAGGCUUGGAAAAAUUGGCAUUUUUGUGCGAAAAAUUGCUAUUUUGAGAAAUAAUAUGAUGAUAUAUUCCAUUAUUAAUCACGUCAGCUAAUACCUUGGGAUCUGUUCUGGGUCCACAUUAAAUGGUUGGACUAUUUUUAUAAAGAAUUAUUAUACAUCGAUGGCCCAAAUUUCAUUUUAGCUACAUUCUGAAUGUGCAGGUAUGCUAUCUUAAGGCGUCAGCUUCUAAUGGACCCUAAUUUCCACAAGGAUGGAAAUAGGUCUCCGGAUCUCGUCAUGGACAAUCCGCUAUCACAAAAUCCAGGUAUCUUUACCUCAUUUUUUGUCUCAAUUAUUUUAUUCAAUGGUUUUUAAUCACAGUUUUCUCAGAAUAAUAGCUAAAAUCUUGUUAUGAUGGAUUUCAUAUUACUUGAUCGUGUGAUUACAUUAUUUCUUUCUUAUUCAUCAAUCAUCAAUCAUCAAUCACAUGCCAAAAUCGUACAAGGCGCACCAAGUGUAUUGAAUCUAUAACUUUAUAUCAAACCGAUUAGUCACAUACCGACUGUUUAAAUCAAGUUUGCUUGCAAUCUGUUAUUUUAUGACUGAUCAUUUGCUCGCAUCAAAUCCCAGCUCUAGCUUAUAUAUGCUGCCUAAUCUUGUUCUGAUGGGUUGUUUCCGUUCAUUUUCCCCAUGCAGACAGCCAGUGGGGGCGUUUUUUCCAGAAUGCCGAGCUGGAGAAGCAGGUUGACCAAGAUUUGUCACGCUUGUAUCCAGAGCAAGGGAGCUACUUCCAAACUCAGCCAUGUCAGGCCAUGCUUAGGAGGAUAUUACUGUUAUGGUGUCUUCGACAUCCAGGAUACGGAUAUAAACAAGGUGACUUUUUCUAUGUACCUAAAGCUUGUCAGUCCUCGAUGACCGAAGACAAUAGCAAUUAACAUGCUAAUCAUGUGCUCGUAAAAAGCAAUCUGAGCGCCAUGGGGUUUAUGUUGGAGCUCCAUAGCCAUUUUUUCAUUAAGAUUAUUAUUACUUCCUACCGCCCAUUUGAACUUGAGCGGGGGAAGGCUUUGGUUGCUUAUAUUUAUAUUCAUAUUCACCCAAAAACAUGGAUUUUUCGCUUGACUUUUUAGGCGGACAUUCAUAUGUUCUUCUAUUUUUGACAUUUUUGCUAUGUUACAGGAAUGCACGAGUUAAUGGCUCCUCUAAUCUACGUCCUCUACAUCGAUGUGCAACAGCUCUCUCAAGUUAGGAGGCUCUAUGAAGACCAGUUCAAUGACGAGUUCGAUGGAAGGUCCUUCUCUGAAUCCGAGACCAUGUCCAAGUAUGGGAUCAGAAAGAGCGCGGUCUGGGAUGGUGAAACUGGCGAAGAUGGUUCUCAGGGAGCUGCAGGAAGGGGUAGCAGCUCGGAUGAGCUCGAUCCUGAAACAAGGGAAAUAAUCUUGCUGAACGAUGCUUAUGGAACAGAAGGAGAACUCGGUAUUAUCCUCUCAGAGAGAUUCAUGGAGCACGAUGCUUACUGCAUGUUCAACGCUUUGAUGAACGGGGCCGAUGGUGUGGUCGCCAUAGCGGACUUCUUCUCUCCUUCUCCUUCUCCUGGAUCCAGUUCAGGCCUGAGCCCUGUGAUCGAGGCAUCCUCUGCACUGUACCACCUGCUUUCGGCUGUGGAUUCGCCGCUUCAUUGUCACCUCACCGAGCUCGAGGUCGAACCCCAGUACUUUGCUCUCCGAUGGCUGCGGGUCCUAUUUGGGCGCGAGUUCUCGCUGCAGGAUCUCUUGGCCAUAUGGGACGAGAUAUUCUCCUCUCCCAACGGGACAUCUCAUCUGAUCGGAGAAGAUGAAGCGCAGGUCAACUUCAGGAUCUUGUCUUGCCCCCGGGGGGCCUUUAUUGUCUCUGUGGCGGUCUCCAUGAUUCUUCAUCUGAGGUCUUCUCUCCUCGCCACCGAGAACACCACCACCUGCCUCCAGAGGCUGCUCAACUUUCCGGAGAACGUGAAUCUGAGGAAGCUGAUCGACAAGGCGAGGUCUCUGCAGGAUCUGGCGAUGGAUUUAAACAUCUGUUCUCAUUUGGAGCCUCCCUUGAAUGGUUCAGCCCGCAAGAACUCAGCCCAUGUCAGGCGUUACAGCAUUUCUUCAGGCUCGGUCUCCCCUGGGACCCCGCACUACCCAGUGCUCGACAGCUACUGGGAGGAGAAGUGGCGGGUGCUCUACAGGUCGGAAGAACAGUCACAGAAGGGGAGCAACAGCGACCAGAAGGGGAUUCUGAAUGGGACUUCUGGUAGGAGAGGCUUGACCCUCCUGAAGACUCGGUCGGAUAUCUCCCCAUUGAAAGCCAUGGCCAGAGAGAACGAAAGCUCCCCGGCAGUCAGACGCAGACUGUUUGGCGACUCUCCUCCGGUGAUUGACCUGACGAAGGUGGAAGAUGGAGGGCUGACCGAUGCAUCGAGCACAGAGGACCACCUUCCAUCGACCAUGGCCAAUGCGGAGGAGACGUGCUCAAGCGGGGAGAAUUCUGCCUCGUUCUCCACUGCCACGAGCCCCCUAAGCGCACGAGAUGGCCAUGAAAAUGACCCGGAGAAGACCAACUUCACUUCAAGGUCGUCCUCCGGCGAUGCGGAGGAGGUGGCCGAACAAGUGGAGAACCUUACGAUCUGUGGAGCUUCAGAUGGCCCGCCUGUGGUUGCCGUUGAUGGGGCGGCGAAGGGAGCAGAAGCUUUGAGGGAGAAGAAGGUGCUGCCGCCCAGUAGAUUCCAGUGGUUCUGGAAAUUUGGCAGAGGUGGCGGUGAAGGUGCUGCUGCAGAGAAUGGAAAUGGCGAGGCGGCUGAUGUUGGCUCGGGUUCGUCGUCAUCUGCUGGUGGCGGUGCUGCGAGCAGGGUGGAAGUCGGGGACAAGAGGAUGAUGGGCACCUUGAAGAAUCUUGGCCAAUCCAUGCUGGAGAAUAUUCAGGUGAGAUGGCUUCAAACUCUCUCUCUCUCCCGAGAUUUAGAAUAAAUAAAUAAACGCAGAAACCUAGCUAAUAUUGCCGUGGUAAGUAAGCAUGUUCCUGGGUCUUCCUAGUGGAUCAGUAGGAAGUAGAGUCAUCACUUUACUCUCAUUUGACUCGGAUCGGGUUGACUUUUGGCAGGUGCUGGAGUCGGCCUUCCAGCAAGACCGGGGGGGCCAGGUGGGGUCGCUGGAUAACCGGUCAAACAAUAUCCUCGGGGGGAAAGGUCAGGCGGCGGCCAUGGCGGCGCUCAAGGAGCUUCGGAAGAUCAGCCAGCUGCUAUUCGAGAUGUGA